CGUGGUGGGAGUAUAAAAGGAGACCAGCAGGAGCAGGGGACCAUGCAGAGGAGAGCCCUACAGACACCCCAGCUCCAGUCUCACUCGUGGCUCUCUCAGCCUUCCCAGCACCAUGAGGGUCCUUGCAGCUGCCCUGGCUGUUCUGCUCCUUGUGGCCAUCUGCUCCCUGGCUGAGGCUGAUCUCAGAGUCUCCAGGAGUCCUGCACUUUCCAAGGAUGAAGACAAAACGAUGUGCUGCUUCUCCUACAUUUCGCGCCGCAUUCCACGCAGCGUCAUCAGCUCUGCCUACAUCACCAGCAACACCUGCUCAAUGCCAGCCGUGGUCUUGAUCACCAGGCAGGGGAAGAAGAUAUGUGCAGACCCCAAGGCUGACUGGGUGCAGAAACAUCUGAAGCACUUGGAGCGUCUGGAGCACUGACUCCUCCCUGCUGCUGCCCCAGGGCAGAGGGCUCAGCCCCCACCAUGAGACUGCAAUAAGAGUGCUUGAGCUGCAUCCUUCUUUCAAAGGAAACAUUUAUUACAAUUGGCAUAUACUUGUUUAACUAAAUUUUGCUUGCAUAAAUGCUUGAAUAAAAUGUUUGGCUUGUCAAA